GUGGGCUCAUUUUUCCGGGGCUACCACUAUGUAUAUACAACAGCCAUCGGGGUUUCUAGCCAUGACCGGUUUGAGCUGAGCUACGCAGUCCUUCUUCGCUUUUAACACUGCCCAACCUGUCGAAUUUAAGUCCGUGAAACCGCCUCCAAAUCUGUUUUAUUUUGCCUAGGCUACAUAUCACAAUAUAGCCUCACAUCUGGAUUCGUCACAGCACAGGCUGAAACAGACAUAUCAUCUCUCACUCUGAUGCAUUGUUGCGUAAAGUGGAAAUGCAGUUAUAUUCCGACAACCUGAGUGCACAGAGGCAAAAACAUAGGCUAGAUGUAUAGGUAGAUGCAUAAAAUAAUUGAAAUCAUAAUAUAUAUAUUUUUUUUUUGGGGGGGGGGGACGCAGCACACGUAAAGGGAUUGCUUUCGAGUUUUAUACACUGGCGAAAUCAGAAGAUUUACAAGCUGUCCACCACUUUCUGAACAGCAGUGUGUUGGUGUCUCAGGAGGACAGGGACCUGGAAACAAGCAGAUAGGGAGCAGGAGCUACAGGGGCCACGGUGUCUAUCUGCUCCUCAGUUCCCCUGUGAGGCUGUCUUUGUGUCAGGGAUCGAGAGGUGGACACACACACAGACAAGGACUGUCUAACAGCAGGACUGCACCACUUUGCAGGGCACUGGAGGGACACUGGGCGGAAGUUUAGCAUCUGGCUGGCAGAGAGAGAGGGAAGAGAGUGGAUAAUGUGGUGGGCAGGCGAUUGCAUUGCCGAGAUUACAGAUUAGGGAGAGCAGCAGGUCAGGGCACAUCAUCCUGACAAAGCCUGCACUUCCACCAACACUACACAGCAGAAUUCAAUUAAACCCUACAGCUACUGGCAGGCAGUGGCCCAGCCUCACAUACACUCACACACUUAUAUACAAAGAAUCUCCACUGCUGGACAGCUGCUGAGCCCCCCUUCCCUCUUGUCCUGUUUGAUGUUCAGUGCCAGAUGGGAUUUUUUCUUCUGAUUGAUUUGUCUUUUUUCAAUCCAGUCACUCAUAGCCUCACUUCCUUUCAGGGCAUUCAUUGGUAAGCCCUUUUAAGGUCCUCGUAUCUACUUUUCUUAAGACUCUGUGGCAAUCCUCUUUGUCAUUACGGCCAGAAUGUUUUGAUUACUUUAGGAGCUUUUACAGUAUUGCUUUUUCUCUGACUGAAGAGCACUGGAAUUCUGAUGGUCGCGCAGACGUUUUGAGGCCGCACUGCGAUGAAUAUUUGUGCCCAUAUUCUCCUGUCAAUCAGACUUGACAUGUCCAGAGAGCUCAUCCCCCAGACAGACAGACAGAACGUGGAUGCAGAGCAUCUGGAGGGCUGGUAGAUGCUCAGUCUGCCACACAGAGACACACCACUCACAGCCUCAAUGACAACUAGACUACAGGGCACCUGGCCCUACGUUCUAGCGGAGGAGAACACAAAGUCCUGAGUAGCUCUGCUCUUUCUGCAAGUCUCAGAAACUCCAAAGUGGAUCUUCUGACAGAAAAAAUCAAGCUUGCGCGAGACGGGCAGAGAAGUGAGAAGAGGGAGGGAGAGGGGGAGAUGUGUUAUUUGUUCAGGUUGACUAGAGACUCGAUGGAGCUUCUUUCAUGCCAGCCUGCCUGCAGUCGCCGCCGCCUUUUACCCUCCUUCUCCCGUCUAGCCUGCUAGAGAAUACUACUCAGAAGACUGCUUCAGCACUUGACAGAGGACCUCCAAACACCAGGGCGGGCUACUCACAUGGACGGCUGAGAUGACACGAAUGACUCGCUACCUGACUUUUACCAUGGAUAUCACUAUAGGUGGGACUGCUAACACAGCGUGAUAAGCUCUGACAGUUUCUCAGACUCUAGCAGUGUACAAUUUGUGCAGAGUUCAUCAGAGUUUUGUAUGUGCAGACACUGCUGGAGCUCCCAUCCAGGACUGGAGCAGUGCAGGGAGUGGAGAGCCGGGCUGGUGGGUGUGAAGAGCGGCAGCUGCGUGCGGAGAGACUGAGAGUGGGGAGAAGCAACAGACACAGACUCUCUGACAAACUGUUUAGUGUGAGACACUGAGAGACUCACUGUUGAGCAGCGGCUCUCCCUCUCUCUGUCUGUGGCGCUGGGAGAGUGUUCUCUCUGAGCCAGCGUGAGCCAGCCAGCACUCAGUGGAGCUGAGGCCAGCAGGGUGGGGACGGUGGCAGGAAACAGCGCAUGGAAUUGGGGGGGCCGGGUGCCCUCCGUCACCCAGCACCGGGAGGGGCACUGGGGCUGGGUGUGGGGCAGCCCUGGAGGGGUGAGGGUCCAAAGAUCAGGGGAGCUGAGGCCCAUGUUGACAGGCGGGACCAGCGUGGAGCGGGGUGGUCGGAUGGUAGGGGCCAGGGCCGGCGGAGGAGGCAUGCGGUGCUCAUUGAGGGUGUGGGUUUUGCUGGGCUCCCUGGGCCUAGUCUUAAUCACCUCCCUCUUCUUCUCCAUCUCUCUGAGGGGGGGCAUUGGCCUGCCCUACCUGGAGCCCCCCGGGUGGGAGAAGUCCAGCCGAGUAAAACUAGUGCCCAACUACUCUGGUGUCCACCAGCUGGGCCCACUGGAGAGCACCCAGCAGCAGAAGACAUGUGCCUGUCCCCGCUGUGUGGGAGACCCUGGGGUGUCGGACUGGUUUGAUGAGAACUACGACCCGGACAUCUCCCCCGUGUGGACACGGGACAACAUCCAGCUGCCUUCAGACGUCUACUACUGGUGGGUGAUGCUGCAACCUCAGUUCAAGCCCCACACUAUCCAGCAGGUACUGCUGCGGCUGUUCCAGGUGAUCCCUGGCCGCUCCCCCUAUGGCUCCUGGGACCCCGCCCGCUGCCUGCGCUGUGCCGUGGUGGGGAACUCUGGCAACAUGCGUGGGGCCGGUUACGGACCCACCAUAGACAGCCACAACUACAUCAUGAGGAUCAAUCUGGCGCCCACGCUGGGCUAUGAGGAGGAUGCAGGCAGCCACACCACUCACCACUUCAUGUACCCAGAGAGUGCCAAGAACCUGGCAGCCAACGUCAGCUUCGUCCUGGUGCCCUUCAAGACCCUGGACCUGCUGUGGAUCACCAGCGCACUCUCCACUGGACAGAUUCGCUUUACCUACGCCCCUGUGAAGCAGUUUCUACGGGUGGACAAGGACAAGGCUCAGAUCUUCAACCCAGCCUUCUUCAAGUACAUCCAUGACCGCUGGACCAGGCACCAUGGACGCUACCCUUCCACAGGCAUGCUGGUCCUGUUCUUCGCUCUGCACGUGUGUGACGAGGUGAAUGUGUUUGGCUUUGGCGCUGACAGUCGAGGCAACUGGCACCACUAUUGGGAGCAGAACCGCUACUCUGGAGAGUUCCGGAAAACAGGGGUGCAUGAUGCAGAUUAUGAGGCCCUGAUCAUUGACUCGCUGGUUAAGGCUGGCAAGAUCACCAUCUUCCCAGGAAAGUGACGAGGGCUGAAGGUGUGGUGGGCUGGACAGGUUUACAGGAACACUAGAACACCCAUCACCACAAGGCUUUUUGAUGUUGUCACCUGCUUCUUUGUGCUUUGCAUAGAGAGGGAUCCAAAACAGUACAUUAUACAAUGCCUGCUAAUCAUGUUCCCAUUGUGGUAAGAUGAUGGUGGUUUUGGGUCGAACUACAUGUGAUUACACUCUGCCCCCAACAGGCCUACUACCUCCAUAGAAACGACAGAACUAUAGAGGGGGCAGAUAAGUCUGUCCUAGCCACUGUAUGGACCUGUGAACCAGUCCCAUCCACAAUCCCCCCCCUCUUGCUCAGCCAUUGGGGGUUGAGUCAUCACAUGCCUUGGGGGUCUCACGCCCAGAGACUCUGUCCCCUCCCACUCUGUCGCCCCCACCGUAAAUACCAUGACAACCAGUGACGGUCACUGAGCUAUCCCUGCCAUGUCCACACCCACCGGCAGAGCUGCUGCUAAAGCCCUCUCGCUAGCCACACCUGCAUGGUGUUAGGAGCAAUAGGUAGUUGAGGUUUACAUGCUUUCAAGCCCAGAGGCUACUUCAAAAUAAGAGUUCCUGUUGUAAUUACAUGACUAUCAUCUUGAAGGUAUGUACAGCCCACAGGGAUUUGACCAUAUAUACGGUAUUAACCGUUUUAUUUGUGUUAACCAUUUUAAGUGACUAAUCAUACUGCUGAUUAAGUUAAUUGGGGAGAGGCUUACGCACAGUCAACAACACAAGCUGACAUACAGAUAAGACUAAAACCACUCACUCAUUCACACAUACAGUGAGGCAAAAAAGUAUUUAGUCAGCCACCAAUUGUGCAAGUUCUCCCACUUAAAAAGAUGAGAGGCCUGUAAUGUUCAUCAUAGGUACACUUCAACUAUGACAGACAAAAUGAGAAGAAUAAAAUCCAGAAAAUCACAUUGUAGGAUUUUUAAUGAAUUUAUUUGAAAAUUAUGGUGGAAAAUAAGUAUUUGGUCAAUAACAAAAGUUUAUCUCAAUACUUUGUUAUAUACCCUUUGUUGGCAAUGACAGAGGUCAAACGUUUUCUGUAAGUCUUCACAAGGUUUUCACACACUUGCUGGUAUUUUGGGCCCAUUCCUCCAUGCAGAUCUCCUCUAGAGCAGUGAUGUUUUGGGGCUGUUGCUGGGCAACACGGACUUUCAACUCCCUCCAAAGAUGUUCUAUGGGGUUGAGAUCUGGAGACUGGCUAGGCCACUCCAGGACCUUGAAAUGCUUCUUACAAAGCCACUCCUUCAUUGCCCUGGCGGUGUGUUUGGGAUCAUUGUCAUGCUGAAAGACCCAGCCACGUUUCAUCUUCAAUGCCCUUGCUGAUGGAAGGAGGUUUUCACUCAAAAUCUCACGAUACAUGGCCCCAUUCAUUCUGUCCUUUACACGGAUCAGUCGUCCUGGUCCCUUUACAGAAAAACAGCUCCAAAGCAUGAUGUUUCCACCCCCAUGCUUCACAGUAGGUAUGGUGUUCUUUGGAUGCAACUCAGCAUUCGUUGUCCUCCAAACACGACUAGUUGAGUUUUUACCAAAAAGGUCUAUUUUGGUUUCAUCUGACCAUAUGACAUUCUCCCAAUCUUCUUCUGGAUCAUCCAAAUGCUCUCUAGCAAAUUUCAGACGGGCCUGGACAUGUACUGGGGAAACGUCUGGCACUGCAGGAUUUGAGUCCCUGGCGGCGUAGUGUGUUACUGAUGGUAGGCUUUGUUACUUUGGUCCCAGCUCUCUGCAGGUCAUUCACUAGGUCCCCCCGUGUGGUUCUGGGAUUUUUGCUCACCGUUCUUGUGAUCAUUUUGACCCCACAGGGUGAGAUCUUGCGUGGAGCCCCAGAUCGACGGAGAUUAUCAGUGGUCUUGUAUGUCUUCCAUUUCCUAAUGAGGUAACGAGUGGAGGACAGAGGAGCCUCUUAAAGAAGAGAGACAGAAAUCUUGCUUGUUUGUAGGUGACCAAAUACUUAUUUUCCUCCAUAAUUUGCAAAUAAAUUCAA